AUGGCCGAAGUCAUUGGCAUAGUUUCGGGCGCAAUAACUUUCGCGACUGUUCUUGUCCAGAUCAGAAAUACUAUAACUACACUGAAAGAAUGCUAUAAUAACUUGCGCGAUACGCCCGACGAUCUACGGAAACUAGUACAAGAGAUCGAGCUUUUUGGCUUUAUACUUACGGAUAUCGGGGAGGAUUUAUCACAAAGUCCGAAUCCCGCCUUGGGAAACAACAAACAUGCACUGAAAAGCUUCACUCUUUGCAAAGAUGCAGCGAAGGAGUUGGACAUAGUCUGCACCGACAUCGUCCGAGAAAUAAAAUCUCCUAACCGCUUACGUUGGUCUUUGAAGUCCUUCAGAAUUGUCUUACAAAAGGGGAAGAUUGAAAAGCAUAAGACCCAUUUACAACAUGCUAUUUAUUUUUCGUUGACUAAUAACGAAUUCCUCUCACUGAUACUUUCGCCAGAGGCAGGGUCUUGUGCUAAACAGACAAAAUUCAUUGCAUCACAAGAUAAGAGAACGAAAUUUUCCCAGAACAGUAGCUAUAGGUGGCGGCUUAGUUUGCCUCAAGUCCUAGAAGUGGCUGGCACAAAGGCUCUAGGAGGAUGGAACUAUAUCAUUCCUCUUGACUCAAAAGCGAGUAGUUAUGUGAUGGGUGGAAAUAUCCAAGAGCUCUAG